AUGCCCUACUGCGUUGACAAGACAACCGGUCUGAUUGACUACGAUACCCUGGCCACCACGGCGAAGCUCUUCAGACCCAAGCUGAUCGUCGCCGGCACAAGUGCCUACUCACGCCAGCUGGACUACGCAAGGUUUCGUCAAAUUGCCGACUCUGUGGGGGCCAUCCUCAUGGCUGACAUGGUACUGCCGCAGUCCCCCCUCCCCUUCUCUGCUUUGCUCAUGUCUCUUCUUCGAUUGCCACGCCUUCUCACUGCCCUUGUUGUGUCCCCUCAGGCACACAUCUGUGGUCUGGUUGCAGCCGGUCUCCAUCCCUCGCCUUUCGAGUACGCGGAUGUUGUCACGACAACCACCCACAAGACGCUACGAGCGGCCCGCGGCGCCAUGAUCUUCUUUCGCAAGCGCAAACCUGCGCCAGUGCCGAAGGGCAAAGCCGCCCGCACAGCCACCACCGUCGUGAAUGGGGUCUGUCUAGCGUUAUUUUUUUUUGAAAGCACUUUACUCGAGGAAAUCUAUCGUUCAUUCUAAUUUCCACAUCCUGUGAAUCCUAAGAUACCCAUUCUACGUGUGUUGUAUUGAACCCUUGACCUAUUCUGUCCCAUUUUAUGGCUAUAGGUGCGUCAAGGGUGCGCAAGUGUGCACGGUCUAUUCCUUACUAGGUAGAAUUCUGUUGGUUGAUUUAUUGCUUGUAAUGGUGCGUCUCGCUUGUUGGUAACUGCCUAGCAGCCGAUGGGCGUAGGCGUGAUCGGCCGGAUGGUUGAAAGUCGAUUCGGAGUGCGGGAAACGGUGGAGGUCGCGGGUUCGUUUCUGUUCCAGUUCACAGUUCCUAGCAGGUAUCAUCUCCCGAACUUGUACCUUUUAUUUUGCCAGUCUCAAAGAUCUGGUCUAUGACUAGAUGUACGAACUGCAUGGUUAAAGACCCCGGGAGAUCGCCCAGAAGGAUGGAAACUGCUGUUAGACUGCAAUCCCCGAGGUUUAGGCGUGUUUGGCAGGGUCACGAUUUGCGGGCUGUCGACUGCAGUACCAUCCAAUCACAUUUUCUCCAUUCUCUGCAAACCCAUCUGAUAGAAGCAAACAGGCGGGUUCCAUGUAGCAGUUCAGAAAACGAAGGUGCGAUCACUGGAACACCGGCCUGACGUUUCGGACUCUCACUCGAAUCCAUCAUCAGAGACAGUGGCAGAUAAGGGUAAUGGUGGCACAAGGAGUAAAGUAAUUAUAGUACGUAGCUGCUGUGGGAACAUAUGCGUACUAUUAUUAGCAGUUCUCGCAGUCACCGCUGGGGUCGUAAUUGAUGCGACGGCGGUUUGUCAGUCCGCGUCUGAGUCGUUAAUGGCCGUGUUGGAUGCUGGUGUGACAAUUGCACGGCAAAUUGGAUCACUGUCACUGGGAUACUGAGUGGAGCUAAAACGGGCCACGACAGUACAACUACCCACCCGCAUAAAAGCAAUCGCUGAGCCGGCACCCGCUGACAGGUCGACCGCCGUGCACGACGAUUUCCACCGUGUGCUCCACAGAAGAGUAUACUUGCGCAGCAUCUACCGCACUCUCUCUCAUCUCCCAUCUGGACCCGAUGUCAAGACAUAGUCAAGAAGACCGAAGGUGAGGGAGUACUCCACAACAAGAUGAUUGCAGAGACGGUGACCUGUGCGUGAAUUGGUCUAUAGUGAAAGUAGACUUGCUUAGCAUCUACCGCACUCUCUCCCCCUACUUUCCACCCGGGUCCGAGGUCAGGACAUAGCAAAGAAGACCGGAGGUGUGAGGGAGCGCGCAGGUGUCUGUGACGGCCGGACCCACAUCUAGGCGUACCACCACGCAACCUGAUCCACAAUCUACACUUGACCAUGAUUUUAACCAUUCACAACAGCACUACAGCGGACCAGGAAUACGAAGAGGAUGACUGAGCAGCCAUGCUAACGACCUCUAUACCCAAUAGGAGCGCAAGCACAUCUACCGGCAGAGGACUAGGUGACAUAGGACUUCCAGCACAUAACGCGUCGCGCGAGCUAUGGCUUGCUGAUCCUGGCAUAGCAGACGCUUGCAGACCUUUAAUCAUCACCCAUUACUCACUCCGCAACGGACUCAUACAAGAGUUCAACCGUCGCGAACUAUGACAUCCGUCGUGUGCGCAGCAAUGGUGACUUGCGCAGCGCCUAUCGCAUGCUCUGUCUCCUCUUCCGUGUGGCUCCGAACAGCCGGGGGCGGACUCGGAUGCCGUGGGUGCCAAUCAGUCAAACAUGCCAUGACCUUGAGGAGGGAGACACGGUCGCUGGGACAUGAGCUUUAUUAGCCCGAUGUUUCGGAUUCCUGCUCGAACCCAUCAUCAGAGACAAAAGCAGACACGGGUGGUGCAUGCACAAGGGGCUGCAGUAUUUAUAGGAGGGUUCGCAUGUGUCGCGCUUAUGGCCGGUCGGUACACACGAAAGACGAACGUCAGAACUAAAAGACUUCGACCACCGUUGCCUAAUAGUCAUCCCUCGAGCGGAGUACUCCGACCUCGUCUCGAAUGAGACAGCCCGCACUGGCUUCGACAGUACCAUCAGAAACAAGGAAGCACUUAAGAGGAAAACUGCCGAAGAAUCUGAACAGUCGUUCAAAACAUGAAGGCGGUUUUUGACCCUUAAGUCCCCAAUUUUGGGCAAGGGAACAGGUCGGGUUCCAAAUCCACUUAUCUUCACGCAUGAAGAAGUGCUGUGCAUGGCUUUGAGGCCAACCAGAUUUGGCAUGAUCCCGGCCGCAUCUUGUCUCGAAUACGGCUUUGUUUCUUGAUGUCCUAACGUAAAUCCCGAGCCUGCAAUUACCGGCUACUCUAAAAUCACUGUUCCAUUCGAAUCCGAGUGGCUGAGUUCUUCACAAUUGUUUGUCAUCCGUACGCUGUCCUCGUGGCUAACUACUUUGCCUAGACAAAGUCUCAACGCCGAAUAUGGAUCAGGGAGGUCAUUGCGCUUGUUGAUUGACUGAGGACCGGAGAACCAUGACUCGAACAGCUCACGGCUCACGCGGUUGCCACCCCUUUUAAGAAGCCUACUUCGUCAAACUUGAGUUUAUGGUUGGGUCCCGUCGGGUAGGCCGCGACUUGGGUGCUGGCGUCUUUCCUCCUCACCGCUGCUGCGUGGCAAUGGGUCUUUCGACCUGACACCUUAUGGUUGCCUCCUGUCUGUCAGCUAAUUCAAUCCCAAAGUGUGUGAGAAGGCGGGAGAGCCUGCCAAAAUUUGGGUUCAGUUGGAUUUCGUCUCUAGUCUCGUUUGCGCAGGCACUGGUUGACGAAGUUGCGCGGGUAGCCAUUUUCUUUCGGUUCACUGCAGCGUGUCUCCUCCUUGGCGACUACUUCCUGGAGCCCGCCUCUUCGCUUCUAUUAGCGGAUUUCAUACGUUUGAACAGGUUAGGCGGCUAACUUAUUUCAAAUGAGAAAAAUCCUAGUCUCUUUGUCGGAUCCUCGUAGCUCAGGUGGUUAGCGCGUUGGCUCUACCCUACUUUUGCAGCCAAAACCUACGCGACUUUCCGCAUACUUCAAAGUUGCACCAAUGUUUGCUACUAAUUACAUAUUAGUAAGCAAACUUUAUCUGGACAUUUUUAUGUCUGCCAUCUUGAUUGCCGCGUAUUAGUUCCAUUCUACUUGGCUACCGGUUUAAUCGCCCUGGAUGUAGGUUUGCCUACUCUCAAUUCUACUUCAGCUGGUGAUACAGAGUCAUAAAGCAUUAUCCGACUUAUUCCAACUGUCUGACCUAGACCCCUGCAGCGUCCAUUACAGUGAAGAAGCUGGCAUUGUACCUAGACCAUCGGGUGUGUGUUAACAACCUAUCAAUAACCAGUUUUCUCGAAGCACUGUAAUUUUCACAAAACAGCCCUUACACGCGGUCGUCUUCUCUCCUGUCUCGGGCCCUGAGCAACGAGAAGAAGACUCAGUUAUCUUAAACUAUUUAUUUCACAGACUAAGCAGUAAGACAACAGAAUAGGAAACCCCCGUGGUACUGUCUCCCCGUCUAAAUCCUGCAAUUUAGCACAGGGGAAGAAGCGGGAGUCCUACCACCCAACUUCUCCAACCUAUCUGAACAUGAGGCGGCUUCCAUUCAGUUGGGCUGCAUCUUAGGUACUCACUGUUUUCGGAAAGCAUUCCGAGCAGCACUUUAGAACUUGCCUCCAUUCCAUCUUCAGUGUGGUGACACCUUCGUGGCGACGGACUACGAGCAGCGCAUCAAUGAGGCCGUCUUUCCGGGUCUUCAGGGUGGCCCUCACAACAACAACAUCGCUGCCAUUGCCGUGGGCCUGCAUGAGGCCGCCCAACCCGCGUUCGCCGACUAUCAGAGGCAGGUUCUGGCCAAUUCGCGUCGCCUGGCCGCCAAGUUGCAGGAGUAUGGCUAUCAGGUAGGUCCUGCUUUUUGUCUGUUGAAGUCUGUGUUCGUAUCGUGGAUGGAUUUGGGCCACAGAUCGCGUCGCGCCGAGUCCGCGGAUGCUCUUAACUAUUUCCGUGUAUGUGCGUGCCGUCACGCCUAGGCGCAGGCUCUCUCCGCGCCGGUCAGUUGCGCCAAAUCAGAGAAUCAGGUGGGCGACUGACUCGAACAGCGGGCUGAUGGGCGAGGGGAGAGCGACACCGUCAACGCAUUCCUCACCAUAAAAAAUCUGAGGCGUUCCAGUCAAUUACGGCUCGGCAAAAGCCGUGGCUGCCAACCGGACGGGAUUACUCUAUCCUUCUCAGAACGGAGUCAGGCUGCAAUGACACCUUGCCAUGACCUCUGUGGCACUCCCACGGAUGUGGCCCACGUAGGUGGAACAGUGGUUGAUUAUGCAGAUGCGGAAGUCCUGUUGGUAGAUGCUGAGGGCAGAUCUUCCUAGACGAGGGACUUUCAGAGAGCAACUAACACAGUCAAACUCAAUUGGUCUUUUCUAAAAUUCGAUAGACGAGCUUCGUAUCUCUUUAGCCCGUAUCGGCAGAUGAUUAUUACCCUUUCCUUUGUGGUCUCACCCACUGUGAUUUGCUCGCGACACGUGCCUUCUCAGUGGACUUGUAGGGAGCAGCCAUCAUGAACGGUCUGGCGUCAGUGCCAUGCCGCCUCUAGGUCAUUCACCCUUUUGCAAUGAGCCGUUCCAGACGCGCUGACCUGAAGUCACACGACCGGCAGCUCGGGCAUACCUGCGUCCGCACAGCCGCAGCUGCCCAUUCGGCUACUUGGACGCACCUCUCCCCUGCAACCGCAACCUAAGCCACUGGGACACCACCCCUCGGCAAAUGCAACACACACUGACUGGACACCACUUGAGCUUGGCCCACGAGCCCACAAAAGCGGCUGCCACCACUAUCUCAGUGACUCUCAGGCGUGACUGGACGCAGUCAACACCACCCCUGGCUUCGCCAGUGGCCACUGCUGCCUGAGAGGACAACUCCGGUUUCUAUGCACAAUAAACCCAACAUUCUGGUUCCUUUUGUCUUCUCCCUACAACACCAGGAUUUGCCCUGAUUAUUGUAGUGCUCAGACUGCACACACUCACACCGCCUGGUCACUACAAAUUUCUCAAGCCAUGUGCACACCUCUCCGCUGAAUUUAGAUCGUUACCGGUGGCACCGACACGCACCUCUUACUGGUUGACUUCCGGCCAAUCAAAUUGGACGGUGUCCGGGUUUGCUCCGUGCUGGACCUGCUGGGUGUUACCGUGAACAAGAAUACGGUGCCUGGUGACAUCAGCGCCAUGCGGUGAGUCUUUUUGGUCGGCGUUCACCGCUCACUCUGUGUCCUUCUUUUUUCCAAUGCCACCGCAUAAUCCUCUCCGUCCAUGCUCACCCUCAACAGUCCGAGUGGAGUUCGUCUGGGCACUCCGGCGCUGACAUCGCGAGGCCUUCAGCUGGAGGACAUGGACCGUGUGGCGGACUUUAUACAUCGGGGCAUACAACUGGCCCAGGAGAUUUCAAAACGUGCCGCCUCCAAUAACAUCAAUGACUUUGAGGUAAGUCACAUCGGCGUUUUUCCCUCCCCCCUGCCUACGCGUAGUGCGAAAAGCUCCAGGAAGCGGAGAGGGGCUUGUGCGCUACUCCUUGAACGGCGCAGUUAAUUUGAAUCCCCCCCCUCCCCUCCUCCAAAAAAGAACAAGACUUUAUUUUUAAUUGUAUCGACAGUUUUUUUCCCUCAGUGGUACUGGACAACAUACAGUAGGUGAGCUACCUCAUGAAAUGUCAACCGAAAAUCGUUUUCGUUUCGAAAAGAUUAAUUGAGGGGGGUUGUAUAACUAAUCAUCAUGCAGCAUAAUUCUAUAAUGCCGCCUUCCGAACGAACGUCUUUCCGGUUGCAUGCAAAAACUACACUCUGUAAAAAAUGACUACUAAUGUAGCAUUCAUUUUUCUCAUUUAUUUUCGGCGCCCUUGAAAAUUGAAUUAUAUUUCAUGGAAAACAUGCAUAAAAAUAUUCACUCAUUUACUCAUUCGGUAGGAAAUUACGUCCUCUUCAAAUUUUAUGCUUGAAGGAAGGGUGUAAUUCGGUUCUAAAAUGUUUCUAAUUGUGAGAUUUUUCUUAAUACCGUAACGUGACCGUUCAUUAAAGGUCAUGUCUUUUUGCAUUUGCCAAUGUGGCUUUUAAAGUUAACAAUAUGCCUCAAGUUCACUGCUAAAUUUUAUUGUCCCCAUAUAGUCUCCUCUUAAUGCCAUAGAGAUAUGUAUGGUUUUCCGUACACGGAAAAUAUACGGCUUGUAGUUCUGAAACCCUGAAUUUGCGGAUUGGAAAAAUUUUUGAAAACCGAAUUAUUUCCCUCCAUCGAGUAUAAAAUUAGAAUACGUAAUUUUCUACCGACUGAGCAGAAGAAUGAAUAUUUUUAUGCAUGUUUUCAUGAAAUAUUAUUGAAUGUUUAAGGGCAUCGGAAAUCAAUAAGGGGGUUGCAUGCUACUUAGGUAGUCAUUUUUUACAGAGUAUAUUUUUUGCAUCCAGCCGGAAAGAAGUUCGUUCGAAAGCCGGCAUCCCGAGGUAAUUGAAUUAUUAUAGAAUUAUGUUGCACGAUGAUUAGUUUUACAACCCAACUUAAUAGAUCUUUUCGAAACGAAAACGCAUUUCGGGAUUUCGGUUGACAUUUCAUGAGUUAGCUCGCCUGCUGUAUGUCGACCGCCUCGAUUUUAGGAGGAAAAGGGAUAUUCCUUGCCGCAUGCAACCUCAGUUUCGAGUUCAGUCUGCCCGCUGUAGGUUGAGGGUACAUUACGCCAUCGUGAGGGAGUUCCCAAACAGAACGGUUUCUUCGGCAUAUUAGGAACCCUGAAAGCCAUCAUAAUCGACCUCUGGUGAUGGUGUCUGGCCUUCUCCGAUGCCAUCCUUGACGCCGGUGUAUUGACUCGUCUCGCAGUCAAUUUGGGUCUUCAUCCACGUGGGUUGGCAUCAUUUAAUUAUUUCGCUUGUCGCGACAGGCAAACCCGUAGUCCGAUCGCGGGUAGAAAUAGGAGUUAGACGCCAGUAAAAAGAAUACUUUAUAUACACAAUGGAGGAAGGAUAGGCUGCGGUGAGCUGACGGUCGGACGGAAGGCGCGCAUGUCCAAACAUCUUCAGUAAGGGCCUGUCCAAGUCGGUCUCGGUUGAUUGGUUGGUUUGGGCAGCUUUGAUUGGUCGAAAACUAUGUUGAGUCUCUCGGUUUCUGGGAUUGGCCAGACGUGCUGAGAGAAUCAUACGGAGUCUCAGAAUGUCGUGUGGACGACUGCCGCUGUUACAUGCGUGUAAGUAUGCGCCGGACGGAGGCACAGUGUUGCAGCAGGCACCGAGGGUAAGACCACUACAAUCUCUUAUGGUCGCUACACAUUUACUGUAUGUGCACGCAGUUAGUUCCGCUGUGUUAAAGCAAAUACAAACAAAAUGGGUUAUUGAAAUCAAAAUAGUAGCAUGCCGAUAGGUACAAAAAUGCUGUAUUCGAUGAGAGUUUGGGGACGGAGGCAGUGUUGCAGUAGACACCCAGGGUAUGGACCACUCCACAACCACUUAGGCCAUCCAUAUGACACUUCUGUCGACUGGAUCAAGCACUGCAGCGGUAUCAGGAAAGCAGGCAAUAGUCAGCUGUUGAAAAAUAAUACCGGUACUCUUAACGAACCAGCAUUAGAGUUCGACUAGUGUUACCGACUCCUCUUGGCUUAGACCUGACAGUAAUUUCGACUUCAUUAGUAGCUUAGAGCCCGCUCUAGUCUGAACAAGGUGAAAUCGGAAGCAUCGGAGUUUGAACGUAAAGUCCCUUUCACCACUGCGCACCUUCGGACGCCCUGAAGUCUAAGGUCGCUGUUACACCGUUACCACCCAUUGUGUUGUCUCUUAACCGUCUACUCGACCACCUGCCGCCCUUUACCCGCCAACGGUUGGUCUUAACCGGUGAGUCUCGAUCCGAGAGACGACCAUAGGGAUCCGUUUAGUGAGCUACAUACGUGCAUAACCCUAAUGGUGAAACCCAUCGCUCUCAGUUUAGUGUGCGUCGCCAGAUUUGUUUGUCGUUGAGACAUACCUUUUCAAUGACAAAGACAGGGGAGACUGGGACGACCAUUUCUAGCCUAUUAACCGUCGUCAGUCAUGCACGCCCAACCUUAUAUAUUUUCGGGACCUGACUUUCGAGUCUUGCGCAACGGUACUAGCAGGUCCCGUAACCUGGUCGGUGAACGCUCUCCCAUCAUAUCACGUUAUCUUGUGAAUAUCCUUGACCUCCUGCCUAUUCUACACUAAUAAUUCCCAGUAAACACUUAUGCAGCGGACUUUAUAACUAAACACGUCUUAUUCUCCUUCAUCUCGUAGGCUGUUUUGGCAUCUGACGAGGAGGUAAAGGACUCCAUGAAGACGCUUCGUGCAGAAAUUAUUGAAUUUGCGAGCUCUUUCCCCCUGCCCGGCAUGGAAGAUUUCUAG